AUGAGGAAAGUUGGUCCCUUGAAGCCGUCACGGUGCCGAACGAGAUCAGAAAUCAUAUGCACACAAGCUCUCAUCGCGAUAGCUUCUGAUCGCAUCCUUCGUCACCCCCGUCGCAACGAGCUCAGCACCAACGCCUCCAUCCCCGCCAUCAUUAUCCGUAACGCCUUUCUCGCCAUGACGAUCGCGUCGUCGUCCGUUUUCAUGCCUUCCAUGCUCGUGUGGGGCAGAGGGGUCAGGACGGCCACUGCGCUCCCCGUCCUCGCUCCCCGACCCCUCGCGCUCCAACCGCAGGCUGCUUGCUUCAAGAGGAGUAACAUGGGGUUGAGGAUGCAGCUGAAGCCCAACGAACCCGAGAGUCAGGCAAGCAUGAAGGAGGAGAGGAGGGGGAGAGGAGAAGGGACAGACAUUGUCUUAGGGCAUAGGCUGCAUCUCAGAUUCUUUCCAGGCCCCUCCUCAGGCCCUCCCUUGGGUUUGCGAGCCUUCAGAACUGGCGUGGACAAAGUCAGGGACGAAGCUUUAUCAUACCUCAAAGAGGCGCGCGAGAUCAUUGGGGACGAUGCUCCCGAUCAGACGAGUGCCUAUCUCCUUGCCUUGCGUAUGAGUACGAGAGACAUGGAGAGGGAGAUGGAAUACAAAUGGGCCCUGAAGGAAAUGGAGAGAGAGAUGAUGAGGAAUGCUGAGACUCAGCCUCACAAGGAGAAUACCGAGACUCCUCAGAAGGAUACCGAGACUCCUCAGAAGAAUACCGAGACUCCUCAGAAGAAUACCGAGACUCCUCAGAAGAAUACCGAGACUCCUCAGAAGGAUACCGAGACUCCUCAGAAGGAUAUCGAGACUCCUCAGAAGGAUACCGAGACUCCUCAGAAGGAGAAUACGUACGAAACUUAUCAGUUGCAGGCUUUGGAACAGGAGGCAAACAUAGUGGAAUUGAACGCAUCGCAACAAACAUUCCAGGCAGAGGCAGAGAUGCAACUGAAGAUACAGCGGUGUGAGCAGCUAGUCCAUUACUACAAGCGUCAGCUGUCCGACUUAACUCAAAGGUCAGCAUCAAUCUGCUUGACAUGUGCAGGAUGA